AUGGGAGAUAUGGCGUUGAUGGGUGGAUUCACGGAGUGGGCGCAUCUGCGACUGCGCGACCACCGCCCGGGACCGAUGAGUUACACACCGCCCCCGAGCGACAUUCCGCAGAGGUCGAUUCUGCGCAAGUACGCCGCGCGCAUGCCGGAUUCCGGCGCUGGCCCCGGUGAGUAUCAGAUACCAACAACCGUCGGACAGUGCCGCUCGACCGUCUUUGGCCCGCCGUGUGGCCCUUCGCCAGCGACCGACGCUGCUGAUUCUGAGGCCGCCAGAACCCCGCGCAAAACUGCAGCGAGGCGCGGCCCUGUGCAGCCGCUGCCGAAGCAGUACAGUCUUGCGCUGACACCCGACACGCCGGCCUUCACAAUCUACAGCAAAAUUCAGGAGAAACCGGCGGGGAUAAUGGUCGGCCCAGGGGAGUACACCAUUCCUUCUGAAUUCGGUCAAGUAGGUAAGGGCCCACACUUUGGGCUUCGCACAAAGCUCCCAGGGCCGUGCGAGAGUGCGCCGGGGCCAGCUGCGUACAAUGUGCCGCGGUUUGGCGAUGAGAAGCCGAAACGAAAAGAGUACAUCUCUUCCAUACGUAGGGUGCGUGAUACGGAGCUGAGCCCGGGACCUGGAAGCUACGAUGAUCCAACCACAAUUGCGGCACGUUUGGCACCGCCGAAGCGUCGGCUAUACGACGGCCCGCACUUCGGCGGACGCUACUCGACACUAAAGAGCACUCUUGCCAGUGGGCCCGGCCCCGCACAGUACGGCGACUUGAGCCGCGUCUUGCAGAAGGGACCGAAACGCACACCUGUGUUUCGCCCACCCUUAGAGACGGUGCCGGCCGGCAAGACACCACGCGCUGUCGCCAAUGCCGGGCCAGGGCCAGGCGACUACCAGCUGCCGUCGGAGUUCGACCAAGACUUCCGCAAGGGUGUUACGGUUGGGGCGCGUACCUUCCACGCACCAAAACGCUCCGUGGGCGACGCUCUUGGCCCUGGUUCGUACAACCUCGGCAAGCCACCCAUGACUUCCAACGGGUUCCGCUUCGCCGCCCGCCCAUUCGAUCCAUUCGCGAUCGACGAGAGCGAUGUACAGACACCCGAUGAUGCAGCUGAGGGUGUCUCUGGGCCCGGCAUGUAUAACCCGAACCUGGACGCGGUGCGGCCGUCUACGUACCGGGCGGUAGGCGGCUUCGGCCUCGGAGAGCGCUUCCCCGAGAUGCCAGCCGGCGGGCCACUCUGCUACAACGUGAGGCCUCCCACAUCAAACGCAGGCACUGUGUUUUACCGCGGUGACUACAGCCGUAGCAGGCAGCUGAAAAAGCAAGAAAAUGGGGGUCUGUUGUACAACGUGGAGAAUGGCACCAUUGCGGAAUCGGUGCGCAGCGGCAAGGGCUGCACGUUCGGCAUCCGCUACCCUGCACGGGCCACGCAUCAGGUGUGCAAGCCGUACGAUGAAACGACAAAUAUGAACUGCCAGUACGAUGACGAGGUGACGUGGACGACCAAGUUGAUGUAA